AUAAGAAAUAAUAUAAUCUUUGAGUGAGUACAUGUAAACUGUUGACGCCUUUUUAGAUAACAAUCCUCUACCACUCUUUUCCUGAAAUUCAUUUGAUCAAAUACUUCCAAGAUGAAAAACUUUUGCUUAGUACUGCGAGAAAAAGAUGAAAUGAAACUGGAAGAGAGACCUCUCCCUGAACCAAAAGCUGGAGAAGUCCAAUUGUCAAUCAGAAGCGUUGGAAUUUGCGGCUCUGAUGUUUCAUAUUUAAGGAAAAUGGCUAUUGGCGACUUUAUUGUUAAGAAACCCAUGAUUUUAGGGCACGAAGCUUCUGGUAUUGUAACGAAAUUAGGACCUGGAGUUCAAAAUUUGAAGGUUGGUGAUCGAGUAGCCGUAGAACCUGGAGUUCCAUGUAAGGCAUGCCAAUUUUGUAAAAUUGGACGGUACAAUUUGUGUAAAGAUGUUGUAUUCUUGGCGACUCCUCCUGUUGAUGGAUGCAUUGCAAAUUUCCAUUGCCACGCAUCUGACUUUUGCUACAAUUUACCUGACAACGUUUCUCUGGAAGAGGGGGCAUUGAUAGAACCUUUAUCAGUGGGUGUUCAUGCUUGUAAACGAGCAGGUGUCACCUUCGGGGAUAGCGUUCAAAUCUGUGGUGCUGGAGCAAUUGGUUUAGUGAGUAUGCUAGUAGCAAAAUCUAUGGGAGCUGCAAAAAUUUGUGUGACGGAUAUUGCUGUAGAUCGCUUGAAGAGAGCGAAACAAAUGGGGGCAACACAUACUCUAUUGAUAAAAGAAAAAGAUCCAAAAAAGGUUGCAGAGCUUAUUAAGGAAAAGAUUGGCGAGCCACGAGUGACUAUAGAAUGUAGUGGUGCUGAGUCUUCAAUUCAAACGGCAAUUUAUGCAACAAAGAGUGGUGGUACUGUAGUUCUUGUUGGAAUGGGUCCAGCUCAAGUAAAUAUUCCUAUUCUGGAUGCAGCCAUUAGAGAAGUAGACAUCAGAGGAAUAUUUCGCUAUGCAAAUACUUAUAGGGAAGCAAUAGAAAUGGUUGCAAGAGGAGAUUUGGAUGUUAAACAACUAGUAACUCAUCGCUUUCAAAUGGAAGAGAGCCAAAACGCUUUCGAUUCAUUUGGCAAAGAGGGAGUUUUAAAGGUUGUAAUUAACUGUGAGAGCAGAUCAUAA